AAAAAAGUUUCAAUUUACAUUAAUCCCAAAAAAAAAACAAAUGGAAGAAGAAGAAAGAAGAAGAGAGACAGAGGGAAAUGACAUAGAACCCCACGGUUAGCCAAGCUCGUCUGGAAAAUGCUUCUCUCCAGUCUCCACAUUUCAGAAGCAGGUGGGGACUGAGAAGUGAGAAAUGGCGAAUUCCAAGUCCCAGAAAACCGUUUUGCUUCUCUGUGGAGACUACAUGGAAGACUAUGAGGUAAUGGACCCUCUCCAAGCACUGCUGGCUUACGGUGUUUCCAUCGAUGCCUUUUGCUUCGGAAAGAAGGCCGGCGAUAUCUGCCGCACCGCCAUUCAUCAGCCUCACGGCCAUCAGGUCGUUUCUCUUUAGAAAGAAAAUUAAGUCAGAUGA